GAUGAACUAUUCUUGGAUCUCUUCCACGAACUGACCAGUGGGAGGCAGCUGGCAGCAAGCAAUGGGCUUUGCAGUAUAUCACAUAAGGAACAGGAGGUAUGGAAGCCAAGACAUAAUAUUUUAGUGAAAAUGAGAAAGGAAGAUAAAUCACUUGUGUGGCUUAUACAUUCAACACUUGCUAGCUACACGUAAGUUACCAACUUUUUAGGUAACUAUGCACAAUAUUUUAUCUCAUUCCCAUCCCACCUUGCUACCCGACCUAUUUCUAGACUUUCUCCUCUUGACCUAUAAUUGCCAAGAGAUUGGGAAUGGAAUAUUGGGAAAAUGAAACCCAGUAUUACCUUGAGAAAAGAGGACAAGGCAUACCUUAUAAAAAAUAAAUUUCGAAAGAUACAUUUUAAAAGACUCUUGGAGUAUCUCAGCAUCAGCCACUCUUGAAGAACAUGAAUAAUUGACAGUUCACUGAAUUUCAUACAGUCUGUUUUUAUCGAAUUUGAAUUGUCCAAUUAGAAACAUAGUUGUACAAGGUAUAAGAAACAUUCUGAAUAUGUAAAAUAAGAACCUCAGGUAUUUUUGACACUCUUAUAAUAACAAUAGUAACAGCAUUAAUUUAAGUGUAGCAGUCAGUAUGUAACGCUUCUGUUAACUUUUUGAGUAACUAAAAAUUUAUAAUUUUCUAAAUCCAAGAUUAAAUAGUACAUUUUAUUUUUAUGGGUGUGUAGUAGGUAUAUCUAUUUAUGGGGUACAUGAGAUAUUUUUAUACAGACAUACAAUGUGUAACAGGUCAUCUAUCACCUCAAGCAUUUAUCAUUUCUUUGUGUUACAAACAUUUCAAUUACAAUCUGUUAUUUUACAAUCUACAAUCAAUUAUUGUUGACUGUAGUCACCCUUUUGUGCUUUCAAAUACUAGAUCUCACUCAUUCUAACUAUAUUUUUAUACUCAUUAACUGUCCCCACUCCCUCCACCCUCAACCCACGAUCCAUCCUAGGCUCUGGCAACCAUCAUUCCAAAGAAAUAGAAAUCCUUGGGGAAAUGAUUAAUUUCAGGAGUGGGGCAGGGAAACUAUAAGAUAGGCCCAGGGCAUCUUGCAGUGCCAGAAAGUAAGGAAGAGCUCAAACACAAAAGAAUGGGGACAAAUCAAAGGUACCUCCAGAUCAUCAGUCACUCGAUGUAAACCAGGAGCCAACUGCCCCAGUUCACACAGUGGCAUCAGUAGACAACUGUCCCCGCUAUCUGUCACCGAAGAUUCCUCUGCUCCUAUUCUUGAACUUCAGAACCGAGGAUCCUCAGGAGUUUGCGGACACAGAGUUGAGAGACAGAACAGAUCAGCAGACGAUGGGACACAGACUCAUUCUGAGAACAGCAGCCAAGAAAACAGAAUCAAGGCUCGCUGCCUGUCCUGCACGUCCAUGGUUCUGAAGGGCAUCUGGGGACUCUUGAUCAUCUUGUCAGUAUCAUCGUCUUGGGUUGGAACUACACAGAUUGUAAAAAUUACUUAUAAGAACUUCUAUUGCCCAUUUUUCAUGACUUGGUUUUCAACAAACUGGAACAUUAUGUUUUUCCCAGUCUAUUAUUCUGGUCAUCUAGCCACUGCUCAAGAAAAGCAAUCUCCAAUGAAAAAAUUCAGGGAAUGCAGUCGGAUUUUUGGUGAAGAUGGUCUGACGUUGAAGCUCUUUCUUAAAAGAACUGCUCCCUUUUCUAUUCUAUGGACGUUGACUAAUUACCUUUAUUUACUGGCUUUAAAGAAGCUGACAGCCACUGAUGUCUCCGCUCUGUUCUGUUGUAACAAAGCCUUUGUCUUCUUGCUGUCGUGGAUUGUGCUGAAAGACAGGUUCAUGGGAGUGAGGAUUGCUUGGAAGCCUUGAAGAUUUAAGGAGCCAGAUCUCAUUCAUAUAAUCCGGUAUGCGACUUUGAUGAAAAUAUUGAGACAACACUUCUUUAGAAGGAGAUUUACCAGCAAUAAAAUCCACUGUAUUAGAGAGCAAAUGAACACAUUUAACCAUGGACCUCACUGAUGCAAGAGGUUACAUCCAAAAAGUUGCUGCAAUAAUGGCAAUUACUGGCAUUGUCAUGAUGGCGUAUGCAGAUAAUUUCCACGCUGAUUCCAUCGUAGGAGUGGCAUUUGCAGUGGGCUCAGCCUCCACAUCUGCAUUAUAUAAGGUCUUGUUUAAAAUGUUUCUUGGAAGUGCCAACUUUGGGGAAGCCGCACACUUUGUCUCCACCUUGGGUUUCUUCAAUUUGAUCUUCAUCUCCUUCACCCCAGUCAUCUUGUAUUUCACCAAGGUGGAGCACUGGUCCUCUUUUGCAGCUCUGCCGUGGGGCUGUCUCUGUGGGAUGGCAGGGCUGUGGCUGGCCUUCAACAUCCUGGUGAAUGUUGGGGUGGUGCUGACGUACCCAAUCCUAAUCUCCAUUGGGACAGUGCUCAGCGUUCCUGGAAAUGCAGCUGUGGAUCUCCUAAAGCAGGAGGUGAUAUUUAAUGUCGUCCGCCUGGCUGCUACCAUCAUCAUCUGCAUUGGGUUUCUGCUGAUGCUAUUGCCUGAAGAAUGGGAUGAAAUCACCCUGAGGUUCAUCAACAGCCUGAAGGAAAAGAAGAGUGAGGAGCAUGUGGAUGAUGUGACUGAUCCCAGUGUACACCUGCGAGGCAGAGGCAGAGCCAAUGGGACAGUGUCUAUACCACUGGCUUAG